AGGACACCUUGGAUCGUGAUCGGAAGCUCAAACGAUAGCAAAGAAUCGCUGUUCGCAUGGAUAUUGAGAUCGAUUGAUCGAUUGUUACGCGUACGUGUAUUUAAAUGUGAUAUUAUGGUUUUGCGCUUGGCAAUCAAUAGGGGGGAACAGAACGAUUACAGCUACCCAUGCGAUCUACAAAUUUUUAUUAUAGUGUACGCCAAUCUAUCGAUCGGAACGGGUUUAACAUAAAGUGUUAUUCGGUAUAUUUAGAACGGGUGAAUUGUGAUAGGGCCACGCGAGAGAAGGAUCUUGCCAUAGAAGAUGAGAAGUGCGGUGUUAUAUCAAGUGUUCUUAGGAUGUGUAUUAGUUAUUCUUAGUGUGCAAUGCGGUAGAGUAAAAUUCAUCGAAGAUGAUGAUGAUGAUGAUAUAAAACUUGUUCAACAUGCGGUGAAUGUCGGGCGUGAAAUCACUGGAUUCUUAUUUGGUGCAAGGCCAUCACGUCAUAGAACUACAACCAAACGUCCUACAGAUCAUAAUCAAGUGAACGGAGGAAGCGGAUUUACAGGGGCGGCUGCUGGUGCCAGUUCUCAGAGUGGUCAGCAUGGUCAAACCGGGUCAUCCGCGGCAGCAGCUAACGCUCAAUCGGCUACCAUCAAUGGUGGCCAAGGAGGAUUCGGUGGUUCCGCGGCAGCUGCCAAUUCGAAUUCGUUGUCCACUACGAACGGCGGACAUAACGGGCACUCUGGAGGCGCAUCUGGAGCGGCAGCCGGUUCACAGAGUUUUAAUGGAAAUUUCCCAGGUGGCAGUGUAUCCGCUUCAGGAGCAAGCGCGAAUUCUUUCAACACUGUGAACGGUUAUGGUUCUGGAUCGAAUUCUGCUGCUAAUGCUCAAACGAGUAGUUUUAAUUCGGGCUAUCCAGGCUUCGGAUUCUCGGGAUCCAGUUCUAGUGCGAAUUCUGCGAGUCAAGGAUUUGGAACCGCCAUCGGAUCUGGUGCAGGAGUAGCUGCCGGAAGUGGACAAACCGCAUCAGCUGCUAAUGCUCAAACAGCCACGGUUAAUACGGGAGGUUUUGGAGUGUCCGCUUCUAAUGCAAAUGCCAACUCUCAGAGUCAAAAUUUCGGUGGAUUUGGAUCCUCAAAUUCGAACGCCAAUGCUAACUCUUUUACGAAUAGCUUCGGUCCUCAUGGUUUCGGAAGUAGUGCCGCCAACUCCCAGACCAAUUCGUUCCAAAGUUCAAGCCCGUUAGGAUCCUUCGGGGCAUCAAAUUCGGCCUCUCACUCGCAGGGAUUUUCUGUUGGUGCGAAUGGAAUUUCUGGUUCAGCAGCUCUUUCUGGCAGUCAAACAUAUCGCGUGCCGUUCCAUAAAGAUAUCACAUUAUCCUAUUCCACCGGUUACUCAAGUUCAGCUGGGAAUAACGGGAGACCUAGUCUUUCGAAUGAAUAUACUUUCUCUGUGAACUGAGCUGAUAAUUUCUCCCUUUUGAAACACAAAAUAAAAAGGAUGUUGAGUUCCGUUAAUCAACAUCGCCUGACUAUAUUUGUACGUAAAGCAAAUACUUAUGAUGUUAUCUGUGCUCAAAAAUAUUUAUGUUUCAUUAUUACAUCAUAAUUUCUUCAUUUAGUCAAACUAUAGUAGACAACAAUUCCAUACAUUACAUUACAAUUACAAUAUACUUAAUGAAUAAUUUAUAGCUAUAUUUAGGAAAAUCUAUUAUUAGAGGUAUCAUGUAUUUUGUAUUAAUAAUGAAUUACGAAAUGCAACGCAGCAAACAUAUAAGACAAAACUGUAAUUCACGAAUACA